AUGUUGGGAGGAUGAUCGCUACAUCCAUAGUCCAUGGUGGUCCAGGCCCUCGAUUCUUGUCAGAAAUGCUAUACGACCACCUCACGGGAAAAUCAACAGCUGAUUUUGAGGCAAGGAUUGAGGACAUCACCGAUGACACCAUGAGAGCUUCCUUGCUUGAGAUAUCCAGUGCAGCAACACUGGUUGAACUGCAUGCAGUGAUCGACAAACAUUCAAGUCUGUUGCAGAUGGCUGGUUGUCUUCAGUAUCCAAAAGUUGUAUUGGACAAGAAGAUAAUAAUGAAAGACUUCAUGCAGUGGUUCAAGGAUGGGCUUUCAACACUUAACAUGAUUCAUGCUUUGGAGCAGCAUGCAUCUAUAUUCAAGACAUUUAUGUGCUCAAGUGUGGAGCAGCUGACAUCCACAAUACUGGAAAAUCUUUUUGAGGUUCAACUCAGUGAACAAGGCACCACAAGACGCCAAGAAGAAACCAAAGUAUUAGCAUUCUGGAGAGACUAUCUCCUUGAUACAGAAGGACUCUGUUCUCUGCCCCCAUCUGGGAUUAAGCCAAGACCAAAGUUGGUGUUUCAAAGGGUGUCUCGCUUCCCAUGCAGCAGAACCUGUGCAAACACCAUGGAAAUUCCAUUGUCAACAACUUAUGAAGAGUUUCAAAAGGACAUGGACUUUGGAAUACAAAACUCUCCUGGUUUUGGACUGUACUAA